AUGGCUGUUGCCAAGAGCAACAGCAGCAGUGCACCAUCAACACGCCCAUGCAAUUGUUACGAAGUCCAAAGCUUGACUUCCUCCGUUUUGGAUGCAAACCAGACUGCAAAUCUAAAAGAUCGGUACAUUCUUGGAGAGCAAUUAGGUUGGGGGCAGUUUGGUGUUAUUAGGGCGUGCACAGAUAAGUUGACUGGAGAGGUGUUGGCAUGCAAAUCAAUUGCUAAAGAUCGAUUAGUGACCUCAGAUGAUGUGCGAAGCAUCAAGCUUGAGAUUGAAAUUAUGACCAGGUUAUCUGGACACCCAAAUGUUGUAGAUCUCAAGGCGGUUUAUGAGGAGGAAGAGUAUGUUCAUUUGGUGAUGGAGCUUUGUGCAGGAGGGGAGCUUUUCCACCAGUUAGAGAAGCACGGAAGAUUCUCUGAGUCUGAUGCCAGGGUUCUCUUUAGGCAUCUGAUUCAGGUAGUUUUAUAUUGUCAUGAAAAUGGGGUUGUUCAUAGAGAUUUGAAGCCAGAGAACAUCCUAUUGGCCACAAAAGCCUCCUCAUCUCCAAUUAAAUUGGCAGAUUUUGGUCUUGCAACGUACAUCAAGCCUGGGGAAAGUUUGCAUGGGUUAGUAGGCAGUCCAUUUUAUAUAGCUCCUGAGGUACUUGCAGGGAGCUAUAACCAGGCUGCGGAUGUUUGGAGUGCGGGGGUUAUUCUUUACAUUCUUCUAAGUGGAAUGCCACCAUUUUGGGGAAAGACAAAAUCACGGAUAUUUGAUGCUGUUAGGACUGCUGAUCUGAGGUUCCCAUCUGAUCGCUGGGAUCGCAUUACUGAAUCAGCUAAGGAUCUGAUUAGAGGAAUGCUCUGUACAGAUGCUUCACGAAGGCUCACUGCUCAGCAGGUUUUAGAUCAUCCUUGGAUGAGUAGUCAACUGAGUCAAUGUGAAAGUGUAGGCUGUGACAAUGGUAGCUCAUUCUCUACCUCAUUUAUGUCCAGGAGUCGGGACAUCAGCUUUGGGACUGGAUCACCUAGUAUAUGUGAUGCCCAGUCACCUGCAUUUACUUGCAGGUCAUCUUUUUCUUCUUUCAUGGCAGAACCAUUUACUCCAUGCAUAGCAUCCAAUGGGUUUUCAUUCUGCGGAAAUGGUGAUUCUAAUGGUUUGGAAUGCUCCUCGCCUGUUCCCUCAAUGCCAAGCUUUGCGUUCUUCAGCCCUGGCUCUUUGGUUGAGGAAAGUAAUUGUGCGUUAGAGUUCUCAGCCAGCAUUUCCAGAGUAGACGCAAUUCAUGGAGAGACAAUCACAGGGAAGCUGCUCUUAUUGCCAAAUUCCCUUUCAUUUGGACUUGAAGCUAGAGAAAUGGUUAACAAACCAGUGGAAGCUAAAAGGACAGGUGGAACAAUUGGAUCCAGGACGUCAGCUAUUCACAGCAAGAGGAACCGUACAAUCGGACUUGGUGAGCGUGAACAACUAGAUUUCAUGGUGACCGAAUCAAUCAUUCGUUGGUCGUCAUGCACACAUCUUCCUACUUCUCUUAGAUCUUCUCUUGUAGGAAGAGUAACAGAUAAGGUGGAGGCUUCUGGUGAAGUAUUAAUAUUAUGGUGUGCAGAAAUUAAGAGGCUCGUGUGA